AGGAAAUCCAAUAUCGAUGACUUCACCGGAUGAGAAAAAACAACCGGUUUACCUUUGACCUCGCUAAGCGAGAGAAUAUGAGAGACCAGUGUGUCCCGAUGCAGUCAUGAAGGAGGUCGUAAUCUGUUGGGUUAUCCUAUGUAGUGCAGCGGCCAAGACAUCGAAUUUAAGCUCGAACGAGAAAUGCAAGAAUGGCACAGAACCGUGGACUUGCCAAAAAUCCAGUACCUGCAAGGGAUUGAAAACAGGAAUCAAGAAAGAUGGUGAGGUGAAGCUAUGCGGUUUCGUUGGUGACGAACCAAUCGUCUGCUGCCCUCCUGAGUCGCAAGCAGAGGUGAAGGAUAAAGUUGAUUUACCGUCUGUUCAGCCAGAGGGAGGAAAGAAAGCAGAGCAAAAAUGUCGAGAGUACGCUAAAUAUGUAUUUAGAGAGGUCCAAUCUCCAGCACUUUUACCAGACCUUGAGGCGAAAGUUGACGAAUGUGGUAAAACUUAUAUUGAAGCCCUUAUAGUAUUUAAAGAUGGUGUUCCGGCCAAUCACAAUGAAUUCCCCCACAUGGCACUGAUCGGUAUCGAAAAUAAAGGAAGCCCCCUGUGGUUCUGCGGCGGGAGUUUGAUCAGCCCCAACUUCGUCCUCACCGCAGCUCAUUGCAACAUCUCAAACAUAAAUACUUCUGUAAUUGUCAGGCUUGGAGAACUCGACGUACUUGAGAAAGAAGACAAAGCGACUCCAAUCGAUGUUAAAAUCUCCCAAGUCAUCAACCACCCCAUGUACGUGCCCUCCAAAGCCUAUCACGAUAUAGCCUUGUUAAGAUUGGAAAAGGAGGUGGAGUUGGGACCCAGUAUCCGACCAUUGUGCCUUCAAACCGAAAGAUCUUUUAAAGAUGUAAAAGCAAUAGCUUCUGGAUGGGGAUAUACAUCAUAUGGUAAUAAUAGCAGUUCUAAUAGUCAUCUUAAAAAGGUGCAUCUAGAUCUUACUGAUGAUAAUAAAUGCGUAAAUGCUUAUGGUACCAAGUGGCCUAAAUUAUCAAAAGGAAUCAAACCCGAAAUAAUGUUUUGCUCUGGAGGAAAUCAUGGAGAGGACACAUGUAAGGGCGAUUCUGGAGGGCCAUUGCAGGUGCACUUAAAAGAUCCUUACUGCAUGUAUUCCCAGAUAGGAAUUUCUUCGUUUGGAAUCGGCUCUGGUUCAACAACACCUGGUGUUUAUACAAGAGUUUCAGCAUAUGUACCUUGGAUUGAAAAUAUUGUAUGGCCAUAGUAGAGUAUUAACGACGACAUUAAUAAAUCGUAUUUUAUAAAAAUUAUAUGAUAUACUUUCCAUUUUUAUC